UUUUGUCCUAUAAAUAACACUAUGUUUAGUAACUACCAAUAUCAAUUCAUUGUAUUUCAUAAUUGAUAUCAUAUAGACACAUUGAAAGAAAGAGAAAAAAAAAAUAGUAUGAAGCUGUACUCUUUUUCAUGGGUUCCUCUUUUAGUACUUGCAAAUCUCUCCCUUCUUUGUGUUUCUGAGGAUUUCGAUUUCUUCUACUUUGUCCAACAAUGGCCAGGUUCGUACUGUGACUCGAAACAAAGCUGCUGCUAUCCAACGACAGGAAAGCCUGUAGCAGAUUUUGGGAUUCAUGGUUUAUGGCCUAACUAUAAGGACGGAUCGUACCCUUCAAACUGCGAUCCCAACAAUCCCUUCGAUCAAUCUCAAAUAUCAGACUUGUCCAGCGGUUUACAAAAGAACUGGCCAACACUAGCAUGCCCAAGUGGGAGUGGGCUGAAAUUUUGGGAACAUGAAUGGGAAAAACACGGGACUUGCUCAGAGUCUGUGCUUGACCAACAUGCUUAUUUCCAAACUACUCUCAACCUCAAAAGGAAACUAAAUCUUCUCCAAGUGCUUAAAGAUGCAGGAAUACAACCAAAUGGACAAGUUUACAGCAUAGAGAAUAUCAAAGAAGCUAUUCAAAAUGGGAUUGGCUACACUCCGUGGAUAGAAUGCAAUGUGGACUCGUCAGGGAACAGCCAGCUUUACCAAAUUUACGUGUGUGUGGACACCUCUGGUUCCAACCUCAUUGAAUGCCCAGUUUUUCCCAAUGGAAAAUGCGCUUCGCAGAUCGAGUUCCCAUCCUUUUAGGAAGCUCACUCAUUAAAUUAUGGCUUUGUACUUAUCGAAUUAAUAAGUACAUUUCAUCCUUUAGAUUCCAAUAACUUUUUAGCUUGUAUUAUUCAUAAUUAUGGUUCUUCUGGUGUCUUAACAAAACAUCUUUUCGUCACUUGUGAAACUACCAAAAAUAUAAAUGUAAUUAUAUUUUCCGUA